AUGGUUGCAGCAGCAUGCUUGGCUGCAAUCGCAUGCACAUCCCUUAAGGUCCGCAGGUUGCUGGAGUGCCUGUCCGUUGCCCUCCUGUUUGCCCACGUCUUCCUAACCUGCGGAAUGCUUCUGGCUUUGUCCACCUGGUGCUGCGUUUGGAUGAGGCCAUGGAUCGCGCAAGUCCUGUUCGUGACGACCGGGGGCGAAGCCGCGAUUUGGCCACACCACCUAGAGGUCCUGCCUGGGCCUGCUGGGGGCUGCUUCAGCUUAGCAGGGUUGCUGAGCUUCGCGGCCGGAUUGCUGCUCAUUGGUGGGCAGGGUACGGUAGAUGCGGCCAACAUCCAGAUCGCGGCCGAGGUCCUGGAGCCCAAGCCCCACGAGCCUGAAAGGCCACGGCCAAGCCAGGACAAGCUGCUCCAGCUCGUGGUUCAAAGACGCGGUGAUAUUGUUCGCAAACAGCGGCGAUGGGCCGACACCCUACUCGUCGGAUGUGCGGGUUGCUUUGCAUUGCUUCUCCUUUCUAGCCUUUGGAUUGUUGGUCAAAAGGCGGUCGAUCUCGGGGUGAAGGAUGCCUUGAACAAGCCAACUUGGAGACGGGGCAGGCAUCCGGGUGGCGUUCCGUGGCGCUCCGAAGAUUACCGAGAGGCUUGGCGUGAUGUGAAAGCGGCCAGCAUUUGCACAGGUAUCCGCACUGCCAUCAAGAUCGACGACUUUCGCAAAUCGGUGCAGCAACACGCAGAUGAAACCGCUCAGCAGCUGAAGAAGCGCUUCCGAAGUGCACGCGUGUACAGCAACUGGUCGGCUGUCUGGAGCUGCACGAACAGGGGAACUGCUUCCACGGAAGUCAACCCUGCAUGCUUCACGGUUCAGCUGAUGUUUCAUCUGGUAGCAGGCGUAGCACUUCACUGGACCGAGCUAGCUUGCAGCAGAAAUGCCUACUGGAUUGGCAAGAGGCAGCAGACGUGGUUGAGCAGCCGUCGUCUCACCUUCUUGCCGCCCUGGUGCAAAGACUUGCGACGGAAUAUCUCAAUGCUCAUUAAGGAGGAAGUGUCCGAGCUAGAGACCACUGUCGAGCUGGGCUGUCAGUUCUUCGUGAAAGCAUUGAUUCCGGACACCAGCUGCAUCUUGGUGGACGUAGGUCUGAACUUUCGGCUUGAGAUGCCGCUGGCCGAUGCAGAAGCAUUCCUAGAAGACAAGGAGACACAUCUUCGCAGUGGCUUGGAGUUGAAAAGCAAGCAAGUUGCCAGAGUGAAGGCCGGGAGGGUCCUGACAUGA